AAAAAGUCACUUGGGUGCAGACCAACAUGGCCGCAUGUUAGUCUGUGAUUUUCUUUACUGUUUGCCAACAUAUUUUCGCCAUUUUAGUUCAAAUAACAUCUUUAAAAAUCACAUAAUUAUUAGCAUCGUCAUUUCUUAAUUCAUACAGAUCAUAAAAUAAACAGAUUGCUGUAAUCAAAAACCAUGUCACAGUUGAUGAAAUCUUCAAUGAACAACGCUGUUGCUGCUGUCGAACAGCAUAUGGCAAUGCCCCAGUCAGGUCCAGCCAUCAAAGUGCUGUCACACCACCCCGGUUUCCCGGACUCUGGACCCUCCCGACAGACUUUACAGGGCAUGGCGACGUCACCGGUGGGGCUAUCCCACCCGUCGGGGUUGCCGAAUGUUCAGCCAGGCCUGGCUCACUCGCAGCCUCUGAGGGCCAGCUUCGCUCCAAAGCCUCUGAAAGCCUUGGGCACGACACCGCAGGUCACUCAGAACGGCUUGGGCCACCCAGGACUACCUGUGAGUUCAUCGAUAGCGGCUUCGAUCAACUCGGAGAACAUUCAGCAGCAACAACAGCAGCAGCAGCAACAAGAACAGCAGCAGGAGCUUUCCGAACAAAGUAGCAUGGCAAACACAAAAGAGAAAACUCCCAUGUGUCUUAUUAAUGAAUUAGCCCGUUACUGUAAGAUCUCACACCAGUACACCCUGGUGAACGAAGAGGGCCCGGCUCACAAGAAGACGUUCUAUGUGAAGCUGCGUCUCGGAGAGGAGGAGUACUCGGCCUCGGGACCCAGCAUUAAAAAGGCCCAGCACUCCGCCGCAGCCAUGGCCCUCGACAAGACAAGCUUUAAUCACCCACCUCAGAAAACGAGCACCAGUCAGAACACUACCAUGACCAAUAUCACACCCACAGUGGAGCUGAACGCCCUGGCGAUGAAGAGGGGAGAACCGGCGGUCUACAAGCCCCAUGAGCCGAGACACUCGCAGUAUUACCAGCCGCCCAACUUCGACUACCGGGGGAUGUACAAUCAACGCUACCACUAUGGUCGGAUCCCGAGGACGUUCUACAUCUUGUUGAAAGUAGGUCAGCGCGAGUUCAUCGGAGACGGGCCGACGCGCCAGGCAGCCCGCCACAGUGCCGCCCAGAAAGCGCUGCGGAUCCUGCGCACUCUGAGCAUGCCGACCGAGGACGAACGUAAACAGCAGAAAGAGAAGGAAGAAAACGGUGUGAAUGAGGAUGAUGAGUUGAAGUCUGAGAUAAGUCUCGUCCACGAAAUCGCUCUCAAGCGCAGCAUGCCCGUUGACUUUGAGGUUACGAAAGAGUCGGGUCCGCCACACAUGAAGGUGUUUGUCACCAAGUGCACUGUGGGUGAUUUCGUGACAGAGGCGGAAGGGAACAGUAAGAAAAUCUCGAAGAAACGUGCUGCAGAGCUGAUGUUGGAGAAACUGAAGAAACUCCCACAGCUCUCCAUCUCCAUGACGAAACCCAAGGUCAAGGCUGCAGCCAACAACAAGAGGAAGAAUCGAAAUCUAGUGAAGCUCUCGGAUUCUUUAAUCUUACAACAGCAGGCUGUGGGCGCCGAUGGAAGUUUGACCACCUCGCCCGACGGAGCCCAAAAUCAGAACCAAAAGCCUGAUUCGAAUUUUGGGCUGGGAAUGAACCCGAUCAGCCUGCUCAUACAGAUCAUGCAGGCGCACAAGAAGAAGGAGCCGGUGUAUUCACUAGUCGCAGAGCGCGGGCUGCCGCGCAGGAGAGAGUUCGUCAUUCAGGUUCAGGUUGAAGACAAGUCGUGUACAGGUGUGGGACCCAACAAGAAACUGGCUAAACGUAACGCAGCGGAGGCGAUGCUACACCUGCUCGGGUUUAGCCGGCCGUCUCCGCAGCCAGCCAAGUCUGCCAUCAAGACUAACGCUAGUCCUGAUGUCGGAACUGGUGACAAGAAGGUGACAUUUGUUGACAAUAGCACAGAAAAUAAUGGGGCUCUGGGAGGUUUGAACAUGAAGACUGGCCGCCAGCUUGUACCGGGCCUGUUGUUGAUUCCCCAGUCUGGAAUCGGAGCCGCGGUGCCCGGGCUUCGACCAGAACAACAGCUACAAGAUCUGGCGACGAGACAUCAAAUAGAUGUACAUUUUGAGGAAUCGGCAAAGAACCAGACGGUGUAUGUGACAAGUGUGUCCCUGCGCACAAGUCCUCCACAGAUGGUUCAUGGAACGGGGGUGACGCUUGAUGCUUCCCGUGACGCAGCCGCCUUGUCGGCCAUUAAAGUCUUCACAGACAUGGGCCUUGCCGGGAUGAAGGACGAGAAAAUGGCAGGCGACGGGCACCAUGUGAAAGCUGACAUGACCAACAUCGGACCACACCCCACAAUGGCCGGCGCUGCCGCCCACUUGAGCAAAAUAGGAUAAACACUGAACACCAUGA